AUGUGCCGUCGACCUAAGAUGUGGGGUAAACAAACGGUGACCGAACGGGUAACAAGUGCUCCAGCUCAAGGUGAAGCUGCAAGAAAUAAUAUCGGUCUACCCCCCACAUUCCUGCAACCAGAAACCUCAGCUGUAGUAAAUAAUUACGCCCUUUCGGCAAAUUCCCAGUCCUCCAUGAUAAACGGGAUAAUUGGACAUACAAUGACGGACAAAGAUGAUUUCAGCGCUGCGUUGAAUCCAGCGGCGCCAGACGGAGCCACGAUCCUUGCAAACGAGAGAGCAAGGUCAUCAAUUCCAGUCGAGAAGUUCUCACGAUAUCUUCUGACCUCUAAGUACAUCGAGCAACAAAAUCGCAUUCUCAAGGCCAACCUCGCUCGUCCUGACCUCUAUAAGCUGGCGUUAGCCAGGGCGAAGCGGAUCCGCCAGCUCAAGGACAAGGUCGGAUGGGACGAUGACGAAUAUCAGAUGGCAGCAACCCUAUGCGAUGAUGUUCUCCCAUACUACCUCCACACGGCUAUUUUCAUAGCAACGGUGUUACAGCAGGGGAGCGCAGCGCAGAAGGUUUACUGGAUGCCCAAACUUGAGGCAUGGGAGGUUAUUGGGGCUUAUGCGCAGACUGAGCUGGGGCAUGGAAGUAAUGUUCGGGGCCUUGAAUUGGAGGCUAGAUGGGAUCCGAGGACAAAGGAGUUUGUGCUUCAUAGCCCGCAUUUGACUGCGAGUAAGUGGUGGAACGGCACAAUGGGCCGCACUGCGAACUAUGUCAUUGCUGUUGCGCAGCUACUGCUGCCUGUUUCCGGAUCCGGUGCAGAGACUAAAGUAGACCCUGAGACUGGCGAGUAUACCAAGCCAAAAAAUCCAGAAGUUGUGUACGGAUCUUUGACUCACGUCCGGGCUAAACUUGUCAUGGAAGCAAGACUGGCACUCGCCCGCGCCGUGACAGUCGCCGUCAGAUAUCUAUCCAUCCGACGCCAGUUCAAGGACAAAGAUGCACUUCAAGAUACGGCCCCGGAAAUAAAUGUGCUAGAUUAUCCUACAGUCCAAUUUCGAAUACUGCCUCUCCUAGCCACAACAUUUGCCCUCCACUACAGCGGAAAAGCUAUGGGGAAGCUCUACGAAAGGACUAGAAUAGACAUCGAAAGGAGCGGCGAUUUCGCAGCCUUGGCUGAACUCCACAGUACAUCUUCUGGCCUGAAGAGCCUGUGCACAGAUAUCAGUGCGAACGGCAUUGAAACAUGUCGACGAGCUAUGGGGGGCCAUGGCUUCGGAGGAGGGAGCGGUCUCGUCCAGCUUAACAACAACUAUCUCACCAAACCAACAGUUGAGGGAGAUAAUUACAUGAUCACCCAACAAGUGGCGCGGUAUCUGAUUAAGAAAGUGCGCGAGCUGGUAGAGAGGCCUAACAGCCAAGCGACAACGCGAACAGAGGAAAGUUUGAGGAGAUUUCUCGCCUCGAAGGAUACGAAACUUUACCUCAGCGUGCUUACGAGUGAUGAGGAUAUUGUAGAGGCAUUUGAAUGGAGAGCAGCAUAUCUCUCUUUCAAAGCAUAUGAAAAGCGUGAGAUCCAGAAACAAACAUGGAACAGUCUCCUCAUCGACUUCUACAGACUCAGCCGCGCCCACUCCCAAUCCAUCCUCGUCAUAAAGUUCUACAACGCCAUCAAUAACGACUCCAACAACAUCCCGUCCGCACAAACCCGCUCGACCCUCCGUGAUCUCUUCCGCCUCUUCGCGCUAAGCACCAUGGAGACCGAAGCGCGCGAAUUUUACAGCUGCGGCGCCAUAUCCAACGAGCACCUCGACGCGGUCACGCCGCGUGUCUUCGAUCUAAUGCAGCGCAUACGACCGCAUGUUGUCUCCCUCGUGGACGCGUGGAUUUUUUGUUGCACAGGCCGGUCCGAUGACAAAGUCUACGAAGAACUAUUCGAGUUGGCACAUCGGCAGAAUCCGUUGAAUGAGAUUAUCUUCAAUCCGGAUUAUCGGACUGAUGAGUUAGUUCUUGGUAGUGGGGAUGCUGGGCAGAUUUUAUCCAAGCUGUAG